AUGCCCGAAGCGGACAUGUACUACUCGGAUAUUGAUCGGGAUGGAUUCCCAGACUCCGCUCGACGGACACACGGGUGCCCGCGACAGGCAUUACACGUUUCGCAAGGUCGGCCCUGGCGCGACACUUCCAAACGCCGACGAACUUGGAGCUCGUGGUGGAUUACGCUCUGUUUGGUGUUCCUGGCUUCCCCCGCCGCCGCUGUCCUGCUGGACUUUGACAACUGUCUGUCGAAAACAAUCCUCGAGUCGGACCCUCUUCAGCUACAAUUCGUCCCCACCAACGUCUCCGUCGUAUUCAACCUCACCAAUUCUCUACACCCGCUCAAUGUGACGGUCUACGGAAAUGUAUCGGGAACCGUAUCCCGAACGGCGGAUUAUCCCUCGAUGGAUUCUGCGGACUGGACAAAUCCGAAUUGGACGGACGGGAAGAUUAUCGACUUGAGCACCACGAAUUACAAGUACACUACUUUGAUGACAGCGUUUAACGUAUUGAGCUUUUCGCCUUUCAACAAUGCUUCACGGUUUCGCGACUCGCUCACACAAGGCACGCUACCGAUGGGCCCAGUCUUCAACUACAACAUGAGCGAUCUGUCAACCUUGCACGCAUUCUCCGUUCAGCAUGAUAUGCUCUCUACCUAUCGCUUCGGGACCAUCAACCCCUCGUUAACGAUUCGAUCCGGUGACGCCUCCGCAGCUCAGCUUGCUUGCUUGACAGUGAAAGUCACGCCCGACUUCAGCACGUCUCUGAAAAAUGCACUCGCUUAUGUGCCUCUGGUCAUACUGCUGCUGGUGGGAAUUGCUACCAUCACUGCUGCCAUGUAUAGUCCUUGGGGUACAACGGAUUUGUUUAGGUGGACAAGCAACUACGGCCGCGACGAGGAUGUUCUCCGUUUGGUCACACCCGGAUUUGCGGAUUGUCUGCAGUACCUCCAAUACGUGGUGUUGACAGGUGCACUUUCGUUGGAUUACCCGGGUUUCUACCAGCCAGCGGUCAGCCAAGGCGCGUGGUCGACUCUUAUGUUCAAUCAAAGUUUUGUGAACCCCGGUGGACGGGAUCCGAUUGUCGACGGAGUCUAUGCCCUCAAUGGAACGUACGGCCUGGACAGGAUGAAUCAGUUGGUUGGGAUGCAGUCAUCUCAGGAUAUCUGGCCGGGUAUGAUAAUCUGGACUCUGGUCAUCUUGGUCUGCGUCACGCUGCUGGUUCAGAUCGCCUUUGGACUUCGAUGGCUUCGUCGUGAAUUGGCAAACAACACCGAUCAGGAUCUGCGCGCCAGAAAUUUGCCAUUUACUGUUGGCAACAUUAUCCGCAUGGUCUUCAAUUACCUUCUCUUCCCCAUUGUCUCCCUUUCUUUCUUCCAGCUGGUCAUAGCUGGCCAAUCCCCCGCUUACAAUGUGGCUCUGGCCGCUCUGGUGAUUGUCGUCCUUAUUUGCUUCUCCCUCUGGUUCAUCCGCGUCAUUGUCUCCACAAGGCCUAAAGCACAUCUUUUCGAUGACCUGCCUACCGUGCUCUUGUAUGGUCCUCUUUUCAACACCUAUUGUGACGAUGCCGCUGCAUUUGCCGCAGUUCCAAUCGUCUUGAACAUAGCUCGAGGCGUCGCUGUGGGUGCUUUGCAGCCAUCGGGUAUUGCCCAGGUGGUAAUGCUUGCGAUCUGUGAAGUCGUCUCUGUGCUCACGUUACUUGCCUUCCGACCUUUCUCCGGUCCUACUCACAUGAACCUGUACCAUUGUCUCUUCUCCAUCGUGCGCUUCUUGACUGUUAUUCUCAGCGUGGUGUUUGUUCCAUCGUUGUCGGUCUCAGAAGCCGCCCGAGGCUGGAUUGGAUAUCUUAUUCUCGUGCUUCAUGCCAUGGUGCUUAUUUUCGGAUUCUUCCUCAAUGCCAUGCAGACGUUGAUCGAAGUUCUGGCUCGACUCGCAGGUGCUGGUGGAGCUACUCGUGGUGGUCUCGCCAAGGUAUUCGGUAUGCGUCAACUUUCCAGACGUACACCACGUCGCGAUCUUGCUCGACAGAGUAUGGGCUCAGAGGCUGCUAUGCUCGGACACGCUGACGACCGUCUGUCUGCUCAAUUCGAUGGAUCGCGUCCUCGUAGUCUAUCUGGCAGUUCCGCUCUCCUUUUGAACCGCGCCACGGGCAGUGAUGGCCGAGCCAGCGCCUACUUUGACUAUGCCAGUUCUCAAGGAGGCUCGCACAGUCGUGCCGCCAGUGGAGGAUUCCCUACACCCACAUCAACAGCUUACCCUGGACCUGGCUUCCCCAGUUCACCUAGCAGCGGUACAAUGAUGGGAAUGAGUCCCCGUGAUCCUUACUACCGGCCACCUCGCCCUGGACGAAAAGGACCUCAAGGCACUGUGUCAUUUGAGAAGGGCAAGGCCCCGAGCAAGAGUCCCUCCAAGCGCUUCUUGUCAAGAUCGCUUCGCCGAGCAGUCCAUACUGAUGAUGAAAUCGGAGAUGUCCCGAUGUCCGGCCGUGCAACACCCGUACCGGCAUAUCUACCGACAGCAAAGGAUGAUUUGGAGUUGGACGACCAACGGCAAUCGCGAAAAGACUACGCAGUUCGUGAGGUCGAUUUCUACUACGGAGUCCGGGGUCCCCCCCUCUCACAUACCGGCACGCGAAAGUUGAAAACUGGUCCAGCUGACCCGACAGGUCCGGUCUCGUCUGCAACAGGCUGGUUCCGAGGCUUAUUCCAAGGAAAGACCAAGGAUAGCGCCAAGGGAUUUGAGGUGGUUCGAAGUGCUCGGGCACCCCCGCCUGGCUUGUUCCCGCCUGUUGGGGACUACAACGAGCAUUAUGAAGAUGAUCCAGAUGCUCCCAGUGGCAGUCACUCCCGCAAUGUGUCUACUGGUAAUGUUCCCUAUGAAGACUUGGAUGGCGAGCAUGAGUCUAAGCGAUUGAGCGGGACACAUCCGCCGGUUCUACCGCAAAUCAACACAUCUGUUGGCGGUGGUAUCGAGCUACCCAGUCGACAGGGAUCUCGCCAUACCCAAGCACCAGCUGAGGAAGGAGAUGCACCCUCGACUUCCCUUCCAGUCGUCACCGAGACUAUCUCCCAAGAACAACAGCCCGGUUCGGACAGACGAUCCACUCAUUCUGGGAACCACCUGCAGCCCUCUCCCACCGCCCGACUACCGUUCAGCGACAGUAGCUCACCUUCUCGAGAACGUGGUCUAUCAAUGACCUCCACUUCCAGGUCAAGGUCAAUAGCGUCUAGCCAUGGCACGGGACGGGACGGCCGACGAGGCGAACGGCCUUCAAGUAUGGGUUAUGUAGCGCAACACCGCGCACAUGAUCACAUCCAUGAAGCUAGUCCAGAUGAGCCAUCCUUUGCUGGCAGCUCUGCAGAACUUGUGGAUGAAGCUGCACACCACGAAAACUAG